GAGCUGCACCCGGAAGCUCGUCAGCCAGGGCGGCUCCGGCUCGCGCGGCGGCGGUUAGCUCGGCGCGGCGGAGAGCCCCCCCCCUCACCCUUUCCCCUUCCCCGCCCGCACCAUGUGGGCGCCGGGGCUGUGGGUGCUGCUGGGCGCCGUGGGCACCGGUUCGGCACAACUGCUGUUUAAUGCAACCAAGUCCGUUAAUCUAUCCACUUGUAAUGAAAGUGCCAUCCUGCCUUGCAUAGUAAAUAAUCUAGCAUUCCAUAGUGCUGGCGACAUGUUUGUUAAGUGGAAAUUUAACGGAACAGAAUUUUUCGCAUUUAAUGGAUUCAGCAAGAAAUUACGCAGAAGUGACAAAUUUUCAUCUGCUAAUUUUACAUCUGAGAAGGAUUUACCCAAGGGUAUUGCCUCCUUGUCAAUCUUAGCAGCACAAGCACUUCCUGGAAACUACACCUGUGAAGUAACGGAAUCAAAUAGGGAAGGAGAAAUUGUAGUUGAACUUAAAAUCUCUGUAGGUAAUGAGUCGGACUGCCGAGACCGCCUGCCAUGCCCGUCUGGAAGCUGGUUUCCUCCAGUAGAAAGUGUUUUCAUCAUACUCUUCCUGUUUUUGGCUAUUAUUUUUUCUUGGGCGCAGUUAUGUGUUGUUGGCUCAAAAUUUGAAAUUGGACUUGGAAAGAAGGUUGGCUUGAUUAUUACAGGAAGCAUCAUUAUAAUUGCUGGUGUUGUUGGUGCUAUUCUUUUAGUCCCUGAUGGGUAUACACCAAAGAAUCGAGCUGGACUUGGUUUACUUGUAGUCCCUGCUGUGAUUUUUCUGCCAUUACAGUACCUUCUGCUUGGAAUAGUUUUUGAGAACCAUUUAAGCCCAUCUGCAGUUGUUCUGGUGGCUUUGAAAUCACUUGGCUACAUAAUCGCUGUGGUUGGAUUUGCCCUGUGCGUCUCAGCUUGUCCUCCAGCACAGGGUUCUGUUGUGAUUGCUGGCUUAGCCAUUAUGGCUUUUGCGGCAUUGAUUUCCUUGGCUUAUGUUUGUAUUGGUUCCAACACGAAAGAUCAUCAACCUCCAAGGAAAUCUGUAGAAGAACCACUUAAUGAUGCGAAAGGAGUGAUGUUGGAAUGAUGAAUAACUUGUAGAAGGUGAUGGAAUCUGCUAUAGAAAUGGUGAUAUGUGGAAAAGAAACGCACUUGUUCAUACACCGUGGCCUUGAUGAUACACUGCUCAAAGAGAAGAAAAUCAGGAAACUAGUUGUUUUGCAUGUGUGGAAAAAGUGCUGAAAUGAUUUCCAUGAUGUAAUUUUAUGGUCACAGCAGCUUAGAGAGAAACAUGCGUUGUAUACCCACAUGAGUUUAUUCUUUUCUGUUUUUGGUUUGUGUGGGGUGGGCAAGUGUAAGCAUACAAAAAGUACUCUUUGCCUACCACAAGAUGCUCCCAAUAGUGCCAGUGUUAGUGGUAUCCUUGUCAAAAAACCCAUCACCAGUCACUGCUUUGAGAGUGGGCCAGAUUAGGCCCAAAGGAUGUAAUAGCAUUUAGAUUAUUAGUAUUUUUAUUUGUGUGCAUGGGCAAGGUCAGUUCAUGCUUUUAUAGUAUAAAUGGGACGGUGGUUAUCGUACAAAUAUUGCUCCUCCCACUUUCAGCAAAACAUUAGGAAAAAAUUGUUCUUGUAAUUACACACACGCAAUGACAUCAACAAGAGCUUUAUUCCCAAGCUUUUUUUUAAAAAGACUACCCAAGUCAUUCUUCUCCCACAUACUAGUAACUCCUCUGUAUAGACAGUAGUCAUGUGUGCUUUGGUGAGCAAUAUUUCUUAGUCCAAUGAGAGUUUUCUGUGCCUCUUUUUGUAUUGUUUGAUUCAGUAGUACUCAACUCUUAGAGCCAGAUUCAGUCCAGGAGUUACAGAUUAUUGAUUCCCACGCUGAAUGUGGCCCUUAAUGUUCAUACUGUACAGUGUGUGGUACUGGGACAAAUCUUAGGCUUUUUCUUAACAAACUGAAAUUUUAAAACUGACUGAUGCUUCUUCAGAAGAAUAAGAAUCAUUCUCUAGCAGUAAUGCCGCAUUUCAAAAGAGAGCGUUGAUUUUUUUUUUUUGGCCAAGAAUACACGUGUAGAAGCAGGAACUAAAUUACAGUUCAUAAGCUUGUGAUGCCACUGGUCUUUCACAAACAGUCUGUUUCAAGUAGAGAGUAAGUAGCAGCAGCUGAUGAAAUCUGAGGAAACUCAGUUUGUGUAUGUAAGCAAGUAUCACAGAUAAAGAAUCAAUUAUAAGUUAUGUAGAGUCAGGUCUUCAUGACUUGUGCAUUUCAAGGGACCUUCUCUUUUUUUAAUAUGUUUCAACAGUUCUCCCAGAAUAACUUACAAGAAAAUAUCUUUCUCCCUCACCAGAAUAGUUUGUUUAAAAGUUCUUAACAGUUGCCUCUCUUUAUGCCAUUAUAGGACAGUUUGAUGAAAUGUCAUCAUUUAAUAGACGCACAUUUCUGUAGAUUCCCAGUGGUUUGACAAGGUUAAAAGCUAGAAUGUUUGGUUGAUGCGUCAGAUUCAGGUGGUAUAUUUACAUUGUAGAGCCUUUUAUAUAAAUCCAUUCCAACAACUCAGGGGCGUGUGGCAAAUAGAUCCAGGGACCUUCCUUUAAAUGGGAUUAACUUGAGCAGGUUGGGGGAGUCUGAUCCUAUAGCUUUCACACACACAUAAUCCCAGUGCAGAGGCUGUAAGGAAACCCAAGAUGCAGCCUGCCUGGGAGAUCAAUGAGAUUAAUCAUAUGUGUCACAGUUAUUUAUGUGAAUACAUGUUUAAGGACUGGGCAGCAUUUGUCACUGAAGAAUUCAUAUACAUGUGUUUUAGAUCCAUAUGCAAAUGCUUUGGUUUGGCCUCCAUCAUUGUAGCAAUCCAUAUACAUCUGGGAGACACUUGAUCAUUAAUGGGAAUCAGUGCAGGGAUUUCACUGGCAUUUCCGGCUCAUCUUCAGUUAUGGAUUUCCCUCUUGUGAUUUAUAGGUUGCAAGUUCUGCAGUUCACUGCUUUAGUAGGCUUUGAAAACUGGAAUGCUGUUGUGAUUGUUUUGUCUUUGCAAACUGGUAUGCUUAGUUAUUGUAAAGCUGUUUGUAUGUGGAAGGGCAGACUGCAGAAGAAUCACAAGUUUUGUAGCCUCUGUUGUGGUAAGGCCAAAUUCUUUUAACAUAUUAUUUAACGGACUCCGUUCCUCAUUCUGUUCAUGUUUCAUAGUUAUAGGGUCGGAAGGGACCUUGACAGAUCAUCAAGUCCGACCCCCUGCCAUGGCAGGAAAAAGUACUGGGGUCAAACGACCCCAGCAAGGUGUUCAUCUAACCUCCUCCUAAAGACCCCCAGGGUAGGAGCCAGCACCACUUCUCUUGGAAGUUGGUUCCAGAUCCUAGCUGCCCUGACUGUGAAGUAGCGCCUCCUGAUGUCUAGUCUAAAUCUACCCUCUGCCAGCUUGUGACCGUUAUUUCUUGUCACUCCUGAUAGUGCUCAGGGGAACAGGGACUCCCCCAAUGCCUGCUGGUCCCCUCUGACUAGUUUGUAACAGGCCACUAGAUCCCCCCUAAGCCUUCUCUUGUGAAGGCUGAACAGGUUCAGGUCCCUUAGCCUCUCCUCGUAGGGCCUGCCCUGCUGCCCCCUGAUCAUGCAGGUGGCCCUCCUCUGGACCCUCUCCAUGUUGUCCACAUCCCUCCUGAACUGCAGCGCCCAGAACUGGACGCAGUACUCCAACUGUGGCCUGACCAGUGCCGCAUAGAGGGGGAGGAUCACCUCCUUGGACCUGCUUGAGAUGCAUCUGUGGAUGCAUGACAAGAUGCAGUUGGCUUUCCUGACCGCGUCCCCACCCUGUCGACCCAUGUUCGUUUUGGCAUCAAUAAUGACUCCCAAGAUCCUUUUCUGCCUCUGCACUGAUGAGAAGGGAGUUCCCCAGCGUGUAGGUCUGCUGCUGGUUCUUCCUCCCCAGGUGCAGCACCUUGCACUUGUCAGUGUUGAAACCCAUCCUGUUCUCAUCCGCCCACCUCUGUAACCUGUCUAGGUCCAAUUGCAGCCUAUUCCUCCCUUGUAGUGUGCCCACAUCCCCCCACAUCUUAGUGUCAUCAGCAAAUUUGAAUAGGGUGCUUUUUACUCCCUCGUCCAAGUCACUGAUGACUUUUGUCACAAUGUGCACUAAUUGUUUUAGGAAGUGAAAAACCCACCAUGCUGCUGUGUGUAAGGGCUCUGCUUUGGGUUUCUCUUAAGUACCAGUUAAAAAGUGUUAUUUUCAGAAAGUCACUUAAUUAACAUUUCCCCGCCAGUAAUUUAAAAACCAAAGUUGUUUAUGACUGUGCGAUUCCAAUUUUUGUGUAUAUAUUAAACCAAAUCCUCUCUAUUUGACACUUUGAGUCUUUGCAAUCUUUACCCAAAAAGACAUUUUUAUUUAUGAAACAUAAUUUUUGUAAAUAUUGUGCUAAUAUAAUACUUAAAAUAAAACCAUUUUAAGUUGU